CGGGUGCCUCCGCAGCUCAGCUGGCAGGGCCCUGUGGGGCGUGUGUGGCUGCUGGUGCGCGCCCCCAGCCCCACGCCUCCCCAUGCAGCCCUGGCAGUGCCUCCGGCGCUUUGCCCUGGCCUGGUGGGAGAGGACCGCCGAGGGUCGCGCCCGUUCUCCCAGGGAGGAGGUUGGACCGAGGGACCCUGGGGGCCGAGGGGAGCCAGGGCUGCAGCGAGCGGCGGGAGGGAAGCCUGCAGGACUCUGUUCCCUCUGUUUAAAGUCUCCAGAUCCGGAGCGGAGCAGCCCCCCCAUGCUGUCUGCCGACGAUGCCGAGUACCCUCGGGAGUAUCGGACCCUGGGGGGUGGGGGCGGAGGGGGCAGCGGGGGCCGGCGCUUCUCCAACGUGGGGCUGGUGCACACCUCCGAGCGCCGCCACACGGUGAUCGCUGCCCAGAGCCUGGAGGCCCUCAGCGGGCUCCAGAAAGCCGAUGCUGACCGCAAGCGAGAUGCGUUCAUGGACCACCUGAAGAGCAAGUACCCUCAGCAUGCCCUGGCCCUGCGAGGUCAGCAGGACAGGAUGCGAGAACAGGUCGGCGGCUGGACCGUGGACCCUGUGUGCCUCCUCAGCUCCCUCUGUUCUCACCUCCACGGCGACUCCACCCCCUCAGGGGCUGGCCAGCCUGCCCAGCAACCAAACUACUGGAGUUUCAAGACCCGCAGCUCGCGCCAUACUCAGGGAGCCCAGCCAGGGCUAGCAGACCAGGCAGCCAAGCUGUCCUACGCCUCGGCUGAGUCGCUGGAGACAAUGUCCGAGGCCGAGCUGCCCCUGGGCUUCAGCAGGAUGAACCGCUUCCGACAGAGCUUGCCUCUCUCCCGCUCUGCCAGCCAGACCAAGCUGCGCUCACCAGGGGUCCUGUUCCUGCAGUUCGGAGAGGAGACACGACGUGUACACAUCACGCAUGAGGUCAGCAGCUUGGACACGCUGCACGCACUCAUCGCGCACAUGUUCCCGCAGAAGCUCACCAUGGGCAUGCUUAAGUCGCCCAACACCGCCAUCCUCAUCAAGGACGAGGCUCGCAAUGUCUUCUACGAGCUGGAAGACGUCCGGGAUAUCCAAGACCGAAGUAUCAUCAAGAUCUAUAGGAAGGAGCCGUUGUAUGCUGCUUUUCCUGGCUCACACCUCACCAACGGUGACCUCCGGGUAUGUCUGAGAGCACCCAAGACACUGAGAGAAAUGGUUUACGCGUCGCGGGAGUCGUCGCCCACGCGGCGCCUCAACAACCUGUCGCCCGCAUCGCACCUAGCAUCUAGCUCCCCGCCUCCAGGGCUGCCAUCGGGGCUGCCUUCGGGACUGCCAUCGGGCUCGCCUUCGCGUUCACGCCUCUCCUAUGCUGGGGGCCGGCCGCCCUCUUACGCCGGCAGCCCGGUGCACCACGCGGCUGAGCGACUGGGAGGCGCCCCGACCGGCCAGGGCGUGAGCCCCAGCCCCAGCGCCAUCCUGGAGCGGCGCGACGUGAAGCCAGAUGAGGACCUGGCGGGCAAGGCUGGCGGCAUGGUGCUGGUGAAGGGCGAGGGCCUCUAUGCCGAUCCCUACGGGUUGCUGCACGAGGGCCGCCUGAGCCUGGCCGCCGCGGCGGGGGACCCAUUCGCAUACCCGGGCGCGGGCGGCUUGUACAAGCGGGGUUCCGUGCGCUCUCUCAGCACCUACUCCGCCGCCGCGCUGCAGUCCGACCUGGAGGACUCGCUGUACAAGGCGGGCGCUGGCGGCCCGCUCUACGGAGACGGCUAUGGCUUCCGUCUGCCGCCCUCGUCCCCGCAGAAGCUGGCCGACGUCUCGGCGCCCUCCGGGGGACCUCCACCCCCGCACAGCCCCUACUCCGGGCCGCCCAGCCGCGGCUCGCCAGUGCGCCAGUCCUUCCGCAAAGAUUCGGGCUCCUCGUCGGUCUUUGCUGAGAGUCCUGGAGGCAAGGCCCGCAGCACCGGGAGUGCCUCCACGGCCGGAGCACCACCUUCUGAACUCUUCCCUGGACCUGGGGAGCGCUCCCUCAUAGGGUUCGGGCCGCCCGUGCCAGCCAAAGACACAGAGACCAGGGAACGCAUGGAGGCUAUGGAGAAGCAGAUUGCCAGCCUCACUGGACUGGUACAGAGUGCCCUACUGCGAGGCUCAGAGCCGGAGACCCCAAGUGAGAAGGUUGAAGGCUCCAAUGGAGCAGCCACUCCCUCAGCACCCGUGUGUGGGUCAGGCAGUAAGAGUAGCGGGGCCACUCCGGUGUCGGGCCCUCCCCCGCCCUCCGCCAGCAGCACCCCUGCAGGGCAGCCCACUGCUGUCAGCCGUCUGCAGAUGCAGCUGCAUCUGCGUGGCCUACAGAACAGCGCUAGCGACCUGCGUGGCCAGCUUCAGCAGCUGCGCAAGCUCCAGCUCCAGAACCAGGAGUCGGUGCGCGCGCUGCUGAAGCGCACCGAGGCGGAGCUGAGCAUGCGCGUGUCGGAGGCGGCGCGGCGGCAGGAGGACCCGCUGCAGCGGCAGCGCACCCUGGUGGAGGAGGAGCGUUUGCGUUACCUCAACGACGAGGAGCUCAUUACUCAGCAGCUCAAUGACCUCGAGAAGUCAGUGGAGAAGAUCCAGAGGGAUGUGGCUCAUAACCACCGGCUGGUGCCGGGUCCUGAGUUGGAAGAGAAGGCGCUGGUGCUGAAGCAGCUUGGGGAGACGCUGACGGAGCUCAAGGCUCAUUUCCCAGGCCUGCAGAGUAAGAUGCGGGUGGUGCUGCGCGUGGAGGUGGAGGCAGUGAAGUUCCUGAAGGAGGAACCUCAACGCCUUGACGGGCUCCUCAAGCGCUGCCGGGGGGUCACUGACACGCUGGCCCAGAUCCGAAGGCAAGUGGAUGAGGGUAUGUGGCCUCCCCCCAACAAUCUCCUGAACCAGUCCCCCAAGAAGGUGGCAGCCGAAACCGACUUCAGCAAAGGCUUGGAUUUUGAAAUACCGCCCCCGAGUCCUCCACUGAAUCUCCACGAGCUGAGUGGACCUGCCGAAGGCACCCCUCUCACCCCAAAGAGCAGUAACCCCACCAAAGGCCUGGAUGCUUCCAGCAAGAGAAACACGGACAAAGCUGUGUCUGUUGAGGCUGCGGAGAGAGACUGGGAAGAGAAGCGGGCAGCCCUGACCCAGUACAGUGCCAAGGACAUCAACCGGCUGCUGGAAGAGACCCAGGCUGAGCUGCUCAAGGCUAUCCCUGACCUGGACUGUGCCAGCAAGACCCACCCAGGCCCUGCUCCCACUCCAGACCACAAGCCCCCUAAGGCACCCCAUGGUCAGAAGGCAGCUCCCCGGACAGAGCCCAGUGGGAGAAGAGGAUCAGAUGAGCUCACAGUGCCCCGAUACCGCACAGAGAAGCCCUCCAAGUCACCCCCGCCACCCCCUCCCCGCCGGAGCUUCCCUUCCUCCCACGGCCUGACCACAACGCGCACUGGAGAAGUGGUGGUCACCAGUAAGAAAGAUUCAGCCUUCAUCAAGAAGGCUGAGUCCGAGGAGCUGGAGGUCCAGAAGCCCCAGGUGAAGCUGCGCCGUGCCGUGUCUGAGGUGGUCCGCCCCGCAUCCACGCCGCCCAUUAUGGCCUCUGCCAUCAAGGACGAGGACGACGAGGAGAGGAUCAUUGCUGAGCUGGAGGUGUUUGAAAGGAGUUCAGUAUCUUCCCUUCCCCCCACGCCCCGCCGCCAGCCGAUCCCCACCUUGCUGUCCCCCCAGGACAUGGGGUCCCCUGGGGGCUCAGCUCUGGGCUCCCCACGGAAGAGUGGUGGUGGCAGUGUGCCACCCAUGAAGGUGGUGACUCCCGGAGCCUCACGGCUGAAGGCGGCCCAGGGCCCAGCAGGCAGCCCUGAUAAAGGCAAACAUGGCAAGCAACGAACGGAAUACAUGAGGAUCCAGGCCCAGCAGCAGGCCACUAAACCAUCUAAAGAGGUGAGCGGUCCGAAUGAGACCUCAAGCCCCGGCUCAGAAAAGCCCUCUGGUUCCAGAACCUCCAUCCCUGUAUUGACUUCCUUUGGGGCAAGGAAUUCUUCCAUCUCCUUCUAGAAGCCCCUCAUGCCACCACCCCAGCCCGCCCCUCCCAUACUCCCGCCAUCGUCCCUCCUUCCUUUCAUGCCCGCUCUACCCUGCCCACUCUCACGCCUGAAGGGUUGCAGGGGGCAUGGCCCUUCGCCCUCUCAUCUCCUCUUGGUGUUUUUGGUUUUUUAAGCGAUUUCCUUUAAUUAUCUUUCUUUUCCUUUUUUUCUUUUUUCUUUUUUAAAGAGCAAAAGAGAAAGCUAAAAACCAAACACACCAACUUCCCCUGACUUCCGGUACCCUAGCGGCCUCUGCUCCGCCCACUUCCUGUCAUCUUCUUCCCCUCUGCUCUUUCACCCUCCUCCCCUCCCCUCCCCCCCAAGUCCAUCCAAAGUUCCCACCUCCUCUAACUUCCCAAGAACACUUGGAACAAACUCUGAGCCACGGAGACUUGGAGCGGAGCGAGGCCCCCCCUCCCGUUACUGGGUUCCUUCCUGGAGGAACAGAUGGACAAGGACUGACCCAGCAUCAGGCUGGACAAUGGACAAGGGAGACCCUGGCCUUGGAGACGCCCCACUGUCUGUCCAGCCUUCGAAGAGACAGAACUCUGCUGCUGGCCUGUGGUUUUUCUUUCGAACCAGGGUGGGCCUGGAAGCAGGCCUAGCUGGAGGGGAUCCCCAGAGAAGAGGCCAAGGCUGGGUGUGAGGAGGGAAAAGGGGGACCCUAGGUGCCAGGGGAGAAGCCGGCUCGCUGCUGCUCAGUGUCCGGCUGGUGCUAGCAACAGAUGGAAGGAGGUCCCCAGGACACCUGUUACGGAAGGUGCUUCUGGGGACAGCCUGCCCCUGGGGAUCUGCCUUGGGAGAGGGCAGUUCUGAGAGGGGCAUCUGGUACUUUUAGUUCCCUAAUUUAGCACUUUAAAUGCCAUUAACUUAUUUUAUGGGGGUGGGGUGGGGAAGAUGGAAGGGCCUAGAAACAUGUUUGGAGGGUGGGAAGGGUCUGGUUUGAGGGAUACAGGGAGAAGGGAAGGUGGGUGCAGUAAAGUCUCUGACCCCUAGAGGGCGCAACGUGACCUUCAGCCAGCCUCUAUGAUUUGAGGGUUUUCAGGGAAGGCAUGAGAUGCGACUUGCCGGUGGGGAUCUGGUGACCACUUGUCAGGUGUUUGAGGGUCCCCAAGGCAGAAGAGCCAGUUAGUACUCCAGUCUGGAUACCUUGCAGGGGCCCUGCACAGGACAGACUGGCUUUGAAUGGGUCCAGGAGUCUAAGGGAGAGGCUGACUUGGUUCUGGCCUCGCCCCCAGCCGGUACAGUGGGGCCAGAGCAAGAAAGAAGAAGAUCGGAAGGGUGGAGGGGCUUCCCUUUGGAGCACAAAGCAAUGUAAGCACAGAGGUGUGGUCUUGGGACCAGUCCCACAGUAAGCACAGAGAGGAGCCAUUGAAGGGACAGAACCCCAGGACCCUGGCGCCCAGCAGGGGAAAGCCAAGCGGCAGCUGUUGAGGGUUUGGGUUGGGAGGGAAAACUGGGUUGUGUUUCCUUUCUUUGAUUUUAUUUAUUUUUAUUUAUUUCUAUUUGUUUUGUUAGUUUGCUCUUGUUUUCUAGCUUUGGGUCAUUUUUGUACUAAGGCAAACAAGCCUUUUUGAAAAAUAACAAAAGAAGAAGAAAAAAAUCCCUCCCAGAAAAAAACUAAAAACAAAACAAAAAACAAAAAAAACCCUAAAAAAUAGUUAAAAAAAAAAAAAAAGGACCUCACAAUGAUGCAAUUACUUUUAAUUGCAAGCAACUCUUUACAUUUAAGUGAAGUGUCUUAACAUUUUAUAUUGUUUUAAAAAUAUAUUUACAUAUUAUAUAUAUAUAAUAUACGUAAUAUAAAUAUAUAUAAAUAUUUAAAAAAGAAAAAAAAAAGAAAACCACAGCACACUCUCCCUGGCCGCUGUCUGGCAGGGGAGGGGCUGGGGACAGGCGUGUGGCCUGGUUUCUGUAGUCCCUGUGGAGCAGUUUGGUUUGAUUUGGCUGUACAGAGACCCCUGGCUUGGGAGGGGAGGGGGAGGGGCCCCUCCACUCCAUUUCUCUUUGCUUGCUACUCUUUGCUUGCCCCCACACCCGCUCAGCCCUGAGACCUGAGUGUGCACCCCUCCGUCAUUGUCCUGAGUUGAGUGUCCUUUGUGGAGAGACAGGGAGGUGGAGGACGUGACUAUUCAUGCAGGGGCUGCCCCACGAGCUCAGGCAAGGCCCGCGUGGGCUUUGCGUAGUUCUAGUUCUUCAAUUUGAUUCCUGCGCGUGUGUGUCCUGAAAGGAAUUUGUAUGGGAUUGUGUGCAGCCUCUGUGUGUGUGUGUGUGUGUGUGCACACGCUGGCACGAGCCUACAUAACUUGUGUGCACAUGCAUGGGUUGUGUGUGCAUAGGCAAAAUGUGAUAUUGUAUGUGUGAAGCCUUGUACAUGUAUGUGAAUGUGACCUGCCUGGUAUCAAUAUGAUUGCAUGAGGAGAGCCUUGGGAGUAAGGACAUGUGUGAUGUGUGUGGACACACCUGGCUGUUCAUGUGAGGACCACAUAGGGAUGGGUUCAGAUAACGUCAGCUGUGGGUAUGGUUGUAUGCAGGUGCAGGCAGGCGUGUGAGAGGGUCUCUCUGUGUGUGAGUACUUGUGUGCAUGUGUGUGUUCCAUCAUCCCUGCACCACUCGCCCGGCUCCCCUCCCAAGCUCCCCACCCCACCCGUCUUCUCAAAGCCCACAGCACGUCAAUCCCCUCCCCCACCCCCAGCUGCAUGCGCCUCGACGCUAUCCAUCAGUGUGUGCUUGACAAGAGAAACUGCCACAUCGGGGGACCCUGUACCUGGUCCCCUCACCCCUGCCCGCUGUGCUGUGAUACUCGCAUGGGGGGUUCUCUCUGGCCCCUUCCACAAUAUACUCUCUUCCCCAGGGGCCUCGGGCCAAGGCUCUGAGUGAGGUCCCAAGCGGGGCCCCCCAAGGCCAGCCCGGCUCCACACCCACCCGUCCACCCUGUAGGGCCUGUGUUGGUGUAGAAGUGAUGGCGUCUGUGGAUAUUGUGACCUCUGUCAGUGUAACUUGACGAUUUCUAAAUGGAAAGGGUUGCUGUGUUUUCUGUCUCUUUUUUAAUGUCCUUCCUUUCUUCCAGACCUCCCCGCUCUCUUCCCGUCCCUUUUGGUUUUUCUAGCCGAGUGUUGGGGCUUUAAUAAAACUUGUUUCUUUUUUCUCUCCUGGA